CACCUGGAGACUCCGCCUCCCUAUUUCUCCCCGGCUGCCAGCGACUGAACUGAGCUGAGCGUUUGCGGACUGCUGGGCAGGCGGUUGCGCUCAGAUUCCAAAUGAAAAUGUUUGAGAACACUGACUCUACAACUACAAGAUCUGGCCCGGAUCUUUGGGCCGAAAUCUGUUCCUGUCUGCCACAUCCUGACCAAGAGGAUAGUGCCAGCAAUGCUUUCUCAGACUCCUUUAUGGAUUCUUACCCUGCAGGCACAGGCCAGAGGGAAGCCCCAGACUUUGCUGUGCAGCCAGCUGUAAAGCCUUGGGCUCCCCUGCAGGAUUCAGAAGUGUAUUUAGCAUCUCUAGAGAAGAAACUGAGAAGAAUCAAAGGUUUACAUCAGGAAGUGACUUCCAAGGACAUGCUUCGAACCCUGGCCCAAGCAAAGAAGGAAUGCUGGGAUCGGUUCCUCCAGGAGAAGUUAGCAUCGGAAUUCUUUGUGGAUGGACUUGAUUCUGAUGAGAGCACCUUGGAACAUUUCAAGAGGUGGCUCCAGCCAGAUAAAGUAGCCAUCAGUACGGAGGAGGUCCAGUAUCUGAUUCCUCCAGAGUCGCAGGUUGAGAAGCCAGCGCCCGGGGACGAGCCAGCAGCAGUGGAACAAUAAAUUACGCACACACACGCCCAGCAGCUGUCUUGGGUCCGGAGGGAACAGCAGAGAGCUCGGCAGCGGCAGCAGCAAGGAAAAAUCUAGGGAGGGAAAAAGCCCAGCCUUCCACUCCACCAAGCAAGCAGCUGCGGGCCCCUGAGGACUUGCUGAGGGCUGGCACGUGUGACUGUCUUGGGUAAAGUGACUGACCCAGUGUGUGCUGGAUCAAAAUACCGCCUUCCUCUCUGUCUCACAGCUUGUCUGAGCUCUGUUGCUGCAGGUGAGAAGUCUGCUAAGAACCUAGUGAAGGACCAAGUGUGAAAGUAUUUGGAGAAACUGAUACCCUUGUGUGUAAUGUACAAGUUAAGUGAGCCGUAUUUUGUCUCGCCUCUUCUGGAUGUUCCCGCCUGUGUUCCAAGCGUUCCCUUGGUAAAUUGUCAGGGAUGUGUGGCACCGAAGAGAGUGAAGUCUGCUUCCUUGAAUCCAAGACCCAUCUGAGGCUUCUCUAACAAGUCCAUAAUAAAUAUAGGGACUUUAGGAAAAA